AUGAACGACGACCAGUCACACUUGACAGAAUACACGCAUGAGCCUCGCAUACAAGAAUCAGAAGAAGCAGCCCUAUUACAUAUGUGGAGAGUCAUGGGGUACGGGGACACUCCUGGUCUCCCGAGCUACGAACGUCACCCGGAUCACCCCAUAGCGACACACAUCGAGCCGAUCAUUCCUACUAUUACAUUGACUGAGCCUACCCCAUCGUCAUCACAAGAAGCAUCAGCUACACCAAAAGAAACCACGUUACGAGCUAUGCCUACCGUAGCCCCUGAGGAGGAUGCAUGUUCAGCGAUCGAUCAGCAUCCUCAGGAGAUGUAUCAGUUUCAUCCUCCAACGCCAAUCAAUCAUCCCCAGUAUUCUAGAGAAUCUCUCACACAAUCCCUCAAUCCAACACAUCGUUUUGUUCCUCGAGCAGCCGAAGACUACCAGAAUAUGCUACAAGCCAUGGCGACCGGAAAUUUCGAUAUCCCCGUCUUCGGAACAGCAGGUGCCGCCUUCCAGAACCGGUCGGCGGCUCAAGCUGUCCCUAUGACGCCGAGCACUUCUAAGAAGCGGAAGCGUGUUCAGACACUGCAUGACACUGACAGUCAGGAAGUCGAGAGGGCGCCAAAGAAGCCAACGGGAAGGAAGAAGAAGCAGAAGAAGAAGCCUGUCAAGAUUGGAAACCCUGCGUAG